GUAACACUGGCACCGACGCAAACCAGAGAAAAAUGGCGUCGCCAUGAAAAUUUUUCUGUUGUUGUCGAUGAAAUAACCAUUGAAUCGUGUAAUUAGUUUAGAUGCAAUUUCUUUUCAAUAAAACUAAAAUAUUGUGAAUGAAUGAUAAUGGCGUUGCCGAGCAACUACAAGCAGAUAGCAGUGGGCGCGCCAACAGGCCCCGGACCGGUAACACCGCUCCAAGGCGGCAGCCGGUCUCGUUCGUCUGGCGGCGGUGGCGGUGGGGACAGGAACAAGGACCAAACGCCCAUCUUUACCCACAGUAACUAUGGUAAUCCGGCCUUCACACCACAGAAGGUGACGAAAUCGUCGAGUAGCAAGAACCAGAACGAAUCACGCCUGCCCAAGCCACCGAAGCCGCCAGAAAAGCCCACACUGCCGUACAUGCGGUACUCAAAGCGAGUGUGGGACAUGGUGAAGGCUCAGAAUCCGGAGCUCAAGCUGUGGGAGCUGGGCAAGAAGAUCGGCGCCAUGUGGAAGCUGCUCAACGAUGAGGAGAAAACUGAAUUCAUCGACGAGUACGAGGCAGAGAAGGUGGAGUAUGAGAAGGCGCUGAAGGCAUACCACCAGACGCCCGCCUAUCAGUCGUACAUGUCCGCGAAGAGCAAGUUCAAAUCAGAUGUGGAUAUGCACGAGACGCCGUCCCGUGGCGGUGGCAGCAAAUCCCACGAGCGUCGCAUCGACAUCCAGCCAGCGGAGGAUGAAGAUGACCUCGAUGAGGGCUACACGGCCAAGCAUAUGGCAUAUGCUCGGUAUCUGCGCAAUCAUCGACUCAUCAAUGAGAUCUUCUCGGAGGCUGUGGUGCCGGAUGUAAGGUCCGUGGUCACCACCACACGGAUGCAGGUGCUCAAGCGGCAGGUGAGCUCCCUGACGAUGCAUCAGACCAAACUGGAGGCGGAGCUGCAGCAGAUGGAGGAGAAGUUCGAGGCCAAGAAGCAGCGCAUGGUGGAGUCCAGUGAGGCAUUCCAAGAGGAGCUGAAGCGCCACUGCAAGCCCGCUGUCGAUGACGAUACCUUUCAGAAGAUGGUGCACCGCAUGUACGAGGACAUCAAGCGUGAUCGCCAGCGGCUAGACGAGCCCAGCAAUACCACCAACAGCUCAACGACUGGCCCCGUCUCUGUGUCGGCCGCUGGUGGUCCCACCUUGGCCAGUCGGAACGAGGAGGCCUCCAAGCAGCAGCAGCCACCGACGCAGCCCGGCCAACCGUCUGCAACGCCUGCGCCAGCACCAGCACAGGACUCGCUACCGGGACUGGCAUUGACACCAGCGAAAGAAACUCCAGCGGUGACGGUCAAGCCGCCACAACCUAAUCCACUGCCAAUACCAGCACCUGCGGCACCGGUUGCGCAUGUCCAUGAAACCGCAAGCAAGACGGAUCCAGAGCCCAUGGAUAUUGAGCCACCGCCAAAGCCCUCAGUUCCUCCGCCGCCCAUCAAGCCUGAGAAGCUGGAAAUGGCCGCCGCACUGCCGCCACAAUCGACCGUGACGAUAGGAGAGCCGCCCAAGGAUGUGCUUAAGGUGCUGCCACCCAGCAAGGUGCCAACACCGACGCCCGUGCCAACGCCCACACCGCCACCGCCAAUGGCUGUUGGCGAUGUGGUGGUGGGCGCCAGCUUGAAUCCUGGUGCACCGGGAUCUGUUCCAACGGCAGCGACGACACCAACGCCACCGCCACCAAAUGUACAGCAGCAGCAGGCACCACUGCCGCCACAGCAACAGCAGCAGCAGGCGCCACAACAGCAGCAGCAACAACAGCAAGCGGCUCCUCCACCUGGAUUGCCGCAGAUGCAUCCACAUCCUGGCCAUCCGCCACCGGGCCAUCCGCACAUGCCACCGCAUAUGGCGCCGCAUCAGCCGCCGCCUGGAAUGCCUGGUCUGCCGCCGCCGCCACCGCACACGGGCUAUGCCAACUAUGGAGGACCACCACACGUUCCACCACCGCCGGGCGGUCCAACACGCUCGCCCUACUACCAGCCUCAAUAUGGGGGCCAUCCGACGCCGCAGCCCUACUAUGCACCCUUCUCCCCCUAUCAGCAAUCGUACGGACCACCGCCCGGCUCACACUACAUGUCGCCGCGUCCACCGCCACAGCACAAUGGGAAUCCGGGUCCAGGCGUGCACUAUGCACCCGAGCACGGCAGUAAUCCACCUCCGCCAGCACAGCAGCAGCAGCAAGCGCAACAGCAGCAGCAGCAACAAGCGCAACAGCAACCGCCCCCGGGACAUAUGCACGAACCGAGCGGAGCAGCUGUAGCCGGAGCCAGCGGUGUAGGUGUGGGAGUCUACGGCCAGCAGCCGCCACCUCAGCAAGCUGCCCCACCGCCCAGCAGCGGCGUCGGAGCAGGAGCAGCAACGACACCGGGCGGACCACCACCAGCAACUGGAGCGACAAGCGGCGAGAACCCGGCACCGACACCCGUAACAGCGGCGACGGCGGCAGCACCACCACCACCUGGCAGCAAGCACGCAGUAGAUGCGGAUAAGCAUGAGACGAAGGACUAACUGGGACUUGUACCUCUCCCAUACCCAUACCCGCAGCCACAGCCAUACCCAUGGCUGGGAUGCAUCUCAAUCAGAUUCUAGUUGUAGUUUUUAAAUUAUUCUUGAUUCAUCCCUUUCUUUAUAUGUGCCGCCCCGCCCCCGUGUUGUAACAUAGCUCCCUCUCGUCCCGUACACCUGAUGCUGAUCCCCCAUUUAUGUCUCUCCAGCCCCAGCCCCACGUCCACCCCCUCUACCCGACCAUGUGGGA